UAAAAUUCGACAUUCGUAUAAAAGGGAGACCGAGAACUAUCCGAGCAUAAGCUUAGUUUCUUCUACGAAGCAAACAACCAACCCAACCAACCAACCAUGUUCAAGCUGGCUGUCCUCGCCGCCAUUUUGGCCGUCGCUGUUGCCGCUCCCGGAGGUCUUACUGGCAUCGCCAUCAGCCCUGGAACCGGUCCGAUCCACGCUCCCCAAGUGGUCUCUGCUGCAGUUCCCGUAGCUGCUGCUCAUGUCGUUGCCCAACCUGUGGCCCCGGUUGUCCACCAGACCCCCAUCGUUACCAGGACCGUCCUUAACCAUGCCGCUUAUGCCGCACCUCUUCUCCAUGCUCCUCUUCAUGGUUAGACAAUAGCAUCGACGAUAAAUCUCCAACCUACCAACUACCACCAAAACAACCAACCAACCAACCAACCAACCAAUCAACCAAUCAACCAACCAACCAACCAACCAACCGUCAUGACGAGACAAGACCAACCCCUGAGACUACACAACAUCCCUCAUAUCAUCUGGAAGCCUCGUUGAUUGCGUUCUCGUGUGACGAUGGGAAAGACCAUAGGCUCGGAGAAACACACAUAAAAAAAAAACAACAAAAAAAGACGAAACGAACUUCACACCACCCUUUGAACCACCACCACCACCACACCACUACCACACACCUAUUCCAACCACCCACCUACCCACCACCCCUCUUCAAGUCACCAACAAAACACCGACACCAACGACCACGACCAGGACAUUCCCCAGUUCAUCCGACGGAAAAUGGUUAUGGAAAAGGAUAAAUUAACCAAUGAAAAUUUAUGUGGAAGAGGACUUCGAAUCGGCAUAUCUGGCAAUCCGACGAAUUACCAACAUUGGCACGGCCUAAUUUUCGUUUUAAUUUUUCAUUCUUGGAGAUUCGUCAUCGCUGAAAUUCGAAUAUUCGUACGACUAUCUUCCCACAUUUCCACCCCCCUGUUCACACCCCACCCUCAUCUCGAUCCCUACCAACUUUCAUAUGGAAUUUUAAUAAAAUUUUAAUUAUAAAAAAAACAA